GAUAGAUCAUGACUAUCCACGUAACUACCAAAAGUCGAUGUGGACUGACGUGGACAGGUGAAAAGAAAAAUAAAGGAAAAGCACACAAUAAAUCGAUUAUAAAUAGAGGGAAAGAGUCAUUACAACAAAAGCAGUUUCGUCGAGAAGAUUCAGAUCAUCAGAAGAGAGAAAAUGGGGACAGCUUGGUUCGUUUGGCAAGACUCUAGCUACCAGCUGCUGCUCCUGCAAGACAGAGAAAACAGGGUAAUUAAGCCGGCUGCUUGGUGGGAUAGAGAUGAGGAAACAAAAGACAUAUUAGGUGGAAGAGAUGAGAAAACAGGAGGGACAUGGUUGGGUUGUUCUAAGCAAGGCCGAGUUGCAUUUCUUGUGAAUGUGACGAAUCAAACAUCUUUUACCCAUACAGGAGCCGAGUUGCUUACUGUUAAGUUCUUGAAGGGGAAAAUGACUACAAGUGAGUUUGCAAAUGAACUUGCUAGCAACAAAAAACUGUCGUCUGGCCUUACCUUUAACUUAGUUGUGGCAGACAUAGCUUCAAAAUCGAUGGUUUAUAUCUCUAAGAAGUCUCCAACUAAGGAAGUCGAUGAGAUGAUAGAUCCUAUUGGUCCUGGUCGUUAUUUCAUUACCUCAGCCGGGCUUUAUGAUAUAUCCUCCUCACAGGAUAAACACCCGAAAGACAAGUUCAGUGAAGUACUUGAUGAAACCAAAGAAUCACCGAGGAGGGAGUUUUAUGAAAAGUUGAUGAAUGAUGAUCAAAUCAUUGUACCUGAAGGUGAAGGUGAAACCGAUACAAGCAGAACUGGUCCAAAGGGGGAGUGCAUUGGAACAACAUCGAUAGAGGUCAAAAGGGGUACUAGCAACAUAGGCUUCAAUGAGGACUACUGGGAGAAUGAUGAAUUCAAAGAGCAUAAGUUCCAUUUCGAUAUGGAGUAGUUACAAUGAUCCGCAAUGACCGAUUUGAUUAGUAGUAUGAUGAUAUAUAAAAUAAUCUUGUUGAAGUUGAUAAAGCUGUUAUAAGAUCGAUUUAGGGAAACUUCUUUCCUUGAUAGAUAUUAUUAUCUAGUCAAGAAUAUGGUUUAAAAAGAAGUUGGAUUUUCUUAGCCUUUCCUAUUACUCAAA